AUGGCGGCUCUGCGGCGGUUGUUUCUGACAACUCCCCAAACAAGUCUGGUUGCCAUCAGAUGUGCUUCUAAGAAAAGUGGGAGCAGCUCAAAAAAUCUAGGUGGCCGCAGCCCUGGGAAGCGCUACGGGUUCAAGAAAGUAGAAGGUGCCUUUGUGCAUGCAGGCAACAUUUUGGCUACACAGCGGUUGAUACGUUGGCACCCUGGGGCUCAUGUGGGGAUGGGCCGUAACAAGACACUUUACGCCCUGGAGGAUGGGAUUGUGAGAUACACCAAAGAGGUCUACAUCCCUCUGCCCCGCAGCAGUGAAAGCAGAGAAGUGAUCUGUCGCCUACCCAAAGGAGCAGUUCUUUAUAAAACCUUUAUCAAUGUUAUCCCUACCACAGAAGUAGGAAGCUUUAAACUGGUCACCAUGCUCUGA